ACUGUGAUGGGUGUUUUGUCGGCAGGUUCGAUGCGGGACAGGAGUUGGUGUUUCACGGGGAUCUAUUUUGGAGUCGGACCUGCUGUCAACGAGGGCAUGCGCAUGGUAACAGUUUGCCGCGCUUCUUACACUUUAGUCUGAUGUCCUGAAUAACAGCAGAUGUGGAGGAGCAGGUUUCUCAGGGGUGCAGUCUGUCUCUUGCAGGGGGGAGGCUACUGUAGUCCCUGUAAACGUUUUCAGCUUCCUUCAUGGAGAUAUCUGUCUUUAUCUCAGCCAUGUCUCAAUCCAUUGCUUCCAUGCUCCUUAAAGGCGCCAAGGUGGAAUCAGUCUGAAAUCAAAUUAAGACCUUCUGUUUCCUUAUACUUCUAUAGAACUUUAAGAAAAGAUGCAGCAUCUACGAUCGAUUUUCCUCUACAUUCCCUCGCGGUGACUGACAUCAAACAAUAUCUUCGUUCCAAAGAUAUUCCCUUUCACGAUGGGUACAGCUGUUUGCAUGCUCCUAGCAUUUUUUUGGAACCAGGUUCUGGAAGAGAGAACCACUCGCUGUUCAUCGAUAAAACCACCGGACAAUUUUUGUGCAAGGAUACUUUGGUGGAGGGGACCUGGGAGGACCUUCAGGAUUGUAUAGAGGUGAUGUUAAAUGAAGGCCAGACCUUCAUCAGCCCUAAUGUACUGUUGGGUUUUCCUGAGAGUGUGGAGGAGCAAGAGGAGAGAGAGAUGGAGCUAAAGGAAGUCCAGAGAAUCUGGAGCAGCUCCGUCCCUUUUUCUGAACUCCUGGAGGAGGAGGCGCAGCUCGUCAAAACCAUGUUUGAAAUUGGUAAACUCACCAACGGCACAUUGAAAAAAUUCGGGGUCCGGUUCUUCAAACCCACCAGGAGUUUGGUGUUUCCAUGGUUUAGCGGGCGUGAUUCGGGUCUCCGGGGUGUUAAACUGCUUUCUGCUGCCAUGACAGGUGAUGGACAGGUGACGUACACUGAAGCGACAGUUCCUAAAAUCUCUAACUACCACAACCUCUUCGGCUUGCCUUUAAUAGCUUGGAAGGAUGUUGAGGUUGUGCUUACAGGGCAUGAGCUGGACAGCAUGGCAGUGAGUCAGGCCACCGGUCUGCCAUCUUUGGCCUUGCCACGGGGCGUCAGCUGUCUGCCCCCAAUUCUUUUGCCUUAUUUGGAACAGUUCAAAAAAGUUACAUUAUGGCUGGGAGGAGAUAUGCGCUCAUGGGAAGCGUCAAAAAUCUUCUCCAGGAAACUCGGACUUAAACGCUGCUCUCUGGUCAGGCCGGGGGAGUUUCAGCCAUGCCCCAGUAAAGCUUUGGGGCAGGGUAAGAACCUGGCACGAAUAGUCAAGGCAUCCAUCCCGGCUGCUCACAAGUCCAUUGUGUCCUUUAAACAGCUCAGGGAGGAUGUGUACGGGGAAUUGGCUAACGUGGAGCAGGUGGCUGGGAUACCGUGGUUUAGAUUCCCUGAGCUUACUCGAAUUUUAAAAGGUCAUCGCAAAGGGGAGCUUACCGUUUUUACAGGUCCCACUGGCAGUGGAAAGACCACCUUUAUCAGCGAGUUUGCCCUAGAUCUGUGCAUGCAAGGUGUCAACACACUAUGGGGCAGCUUUGAAAUCAACAAUGUGCGCUUGGCCAAAAUUAUGCUGACUCAGUUUGCCAAGCAAAGGCUAGAAGAGAACUUGGACCAAUAUGACAUGUGGGCUGACAAGUUUGAAGACCUGCCUCUCUAUUUCAUGACCUUUCAUGGACAGCAGAACAUCAAGACUGUUUUGGAUACUAUGCAGCAUGCUGUUUACCUUUAUGACAUUAGUCAUGUGAUCAUUGACAACCUGCAGUUUAUGAUGGGCCAGGAGAGUCUGUCUUUUGACAAGUUUGCUGUACAAGACCACAUUAUUGGAGCCUUCAGGAAGUUUGCCACAAAUAACAGCUGUCACGUGACCUUAAUUAUCCAUCCUCGGAAAGAAGAAGAUGAUAAAGACUUACAGACAGCAUCCAUCUUUGGCACAGCCAAGGCCAGUCAGGAGGCAGAUAACGUGCUCAUCCUUCAGGAGAAAAAGUUGGUGACGUGUCCAGGUCGUAGGUCCCUUCAGGUGGCCAAGAACCGAUUUGAUGGGGAUGUGGGGAUCUUUGCCUUAGAAUUUAACAAAGCCUCGCUCACCUUCUCCGCUCCUCUAAAAGGUAAACAGAAGCUUCGGAAGGUCAAAGCGGACAAGAAUAACAACACAGAGGAAACCGAGGCGAUUGAACCCAAAGAAAGCAACGAGAAAGCGCUCAAGACUGCCAAAACUAAGACUGCAAGGACGGAAAAGGGGUCAGCACCAGGAAAGGGUGCCACCUGAAAAAUAAAAUAAUCACUGGCCUUAUCAAGAAUGAUUAUGUAUUCAUAAAGAUGAAUUCACUGAAUGAAGUUUUCUUGUUGUAUCAGUGGUCAAACCUGAGACAUUUCAGUAUGGAAAUUGAUGUUAUGUUUGGUUCAUCUUUUCUGCUUAGUUGGGGAACAUCAAAGACAAGGUUCUGGCUGGAUUGGCACAAAUGCCAAAAUUGUGUAAAUAUUUUACUUUGGUGUAUACUCCAGAAACAAGGACAAACAGGUUGUAUGUAAUAUGUAAUGUUUAAUACCCCUUAAUUCAGUUUUUCUAUGCACUAAAAUGCUAAUUUUAAAACUUUUAAAAAAGAAAACACAAAAUAUCUUCCUGAUCAGAUACAUUUGAUGUAGGGGUGGAACGG